AUGGCUGCACCCAAGAUCAUCGUCCUGGGUAGCUUAAACGGCCAGCUCGAGCCGGCAUUCAAGAAGCUAGCUACCCUCCACUCGAAGAACCAAUUUUCCCUAGCUAUCCUCGCAGGCGACGUAUUCACAACCGACACCGACGACGAGACGAUUUCCGCCCUGUUGGCAGGGACCAUUGAGAUUCCCCUGCCCACCUACUUCACCGUCGGCAUCCAUCCCCUGCCGCCUCGAAUUGCAGCCAAGAUCGAAGCCGACGAGGAAAUAUGCCCCAACCUUCACUACCUCGGAAAGCGAAGCGUAACAAAGACGGCCGAAGGCGUAAGAAUCGUAACGCUCGGCGGUGUCCUCGACCCGAACCUGGUAGCAGGCCAAUCACAAGAACAGCACUUGCCCUUCCACACGGCAGGCGAUGCAAAGGCCUUGCGAGGCGCCAACAGCACCGACAUCCUGUUGACCGCCAUGUGGCCGGCGAAGAUCUGGGCGGGCUCCAAAGUCGUCCUCGAACCUGCUCAUCAGGCUCUUGUCAGCAGCUCCGAAGAAAUUGCCGAUUUAUGUGCGGCCUUAAAGCCUCGAUAUCACAUCUCAUCCUCCCCAGACGCCUUCUUCUACGAGAGAGAGCCUUUCGUCCAGCAGUCUGACAAAGACGCCAAUGCCUUCUCCGCUACACGAUUCAUCUCCAUGGCACCCUAUGGCAACGAGAAAAAAGCAAAGGCAAUGUACGCCUUCACCCUCAACCCAACAGACACGACCAUUCCCCCUGGCGCCACCGCCUCACCCUUUGCUUCCCGAACCGCCACCGCCAAGCGCGGGAGGCAACAACAACAACAACAAGAUGAAGGCUACAGCCGCUUCGGUAAUCAUCACGACGGCCACCAGGGCCGCCACAAGCGCCGCCGCGCCUCGCCCCCUCCCGGCCCCGACCGCUGCUACUUCUGCCUGUCCAACCCCAACAUCUCCGCCCACAUGUGCUGCAGCAUCGGCGACGAGGCCUACAUCACGACCGCAAAGGGGCCCCUGCCGACGUCCACGACGUUUGCCGACAAGGGGCUCGACUUCCCGGGCCACUUCAUCAUCAUCCCGCUGCCGCACGCCCCGACGAUAGCCAGCAUGGGCAGCACCGCGGACCCGGCCAGCGAGGCCGUCAAGGCAUACAACGAAAUGUCCCGCUUCAAGGAAUCCCUACAGGCCAUGAUCGCCGCCAAGAGCUCCCACAGGCUCGGCGCCGUCACGUGGGAAAUCAGCCGCGACCGCAACGUCCACCUCAUCUGGCAGCUCGUCGCCGUCCCCGCCGACAUGAUCCAAAAGGGCCUCGCCGAAGCCGCCUUCCGCGUCGAGGCGGAGAACCUCAACUACCCGGCCUUUAGCGCCACCGACAUACCCCUGGAGGGCCUGUCGACCGCCGGCGACUUCUUCCGCGUCUGGCUGUGGGCGGACAACGGCGAGGACAAGAUUAAGGGAAAGUCCCUCGUUAUGCCGCUCGCGCGCGACGCGCGCUUCGAUCUGCAGUUUGCGAGGAGGGUGCUGGCGAAGCUCCUGGGGCUCGAGAGCAGGCUGAGCUGGCAGGACUGCUCGCAGUCUGUGGAGGAGGAGACCAAGGAUGUGGAGGCCUUUCGGGAGGCGUUUAAGGAAUGGGAUUUUACUCUUUGA